CCUCGCACAGAUGCUGCGCGAGCCAAGUCGACACUCCGUGUUAUCUUGCAGGAGGAGACCGUGUAGAGGACCGGAGGGAAGAAGCGCCUGUCUUGCGUCCUUCUGAGGAGCCACUGACCGUGGGAAUGAUGAUUAUCACGAAUUCUUCAGCAGGCAGCAGGACUUAACCUGUAGUCCAUCCAUUUUGGCACUGCUUUCGUCCCCCGCAUUUCCUCUUAUUUCCUUGCCUCUGUAGACAUAAGAAACUAGCGAUUUUUUCUAUAUAUCUCCCCAGUAAUCUGCGUUUCCCGUUUACUUUAAGCUUUGCACUUGACGCGAUGUGGAAACCCGGUCUCAUUCUCCUCUUUUGCGGACUAACGUCCUGCGAACUCCUGCAAGAAACGGAGCCCCGUAAACAUCCAACGUCGGAAAAGUUGGAUUUUGGUUAUGUCCCCUCGGGAGUUUACGAGACCAUGGCCUAUUACGAACCGGGAGUAAUAGGGAUACUGUUCCACAUGGUGCACGCGUUCCUUUACGUUGUGCAGCCCAACCCUUUCCCUGAAGAUCUCGUCGUCAAAUUCGCCAAGGAAAGGUUUGGAGGCAUCCAGUCAGAGUAUCAGAAGCCAGAAAACAUAGUGCUGACACUCCAGGCGGUCUACUAUGAGAUCGGCUUCCUGGUCUGUGCGGUUCUGGGCCUGGUCUUCAUCCUGCUCCUGCCCCUGGUCGGCAUCUUCUUCUGCAUGUGCCGUUGCUGUGACAACUGUGGCGGGGAGAUGCACCAACGCCAGAGGAAGAACGCAGACUGUCAGAGAGGUCUCCUCUCCAGCCUGCUGUUCACCGCCUCGCUGGUCGUCACGGCCGGGGUGCUGUGUGCGUACGCAGCCAAUCAGAACCUGAGCUCCCAGCUGAAACACAUGAGGAAGCUGGUCAACAGCAACCUGAGAGACCUGCAGACGUUUGCUAACGACACACCAACGCAAGUUGACUACCUAAUAUCACAAUACACCACCGCCAAGAACAAAGUAAUCUACGACCUAGACAAUGUAGGCCCGCUCCUGGGCGGAAGGAUACAUGACCAGUUGGGGAAGGAGGUCCGCCCUGCUUUGGACAGAGCGCUCCACAUGGCUGGAGCCAUGCGGGACACUAAGGAGGCUCUGGAGAGUGCGAGCGUGUCUCUGGAGGUGCUCCAGGAGGGGGGCGCGAGGCUGCAGGCCAACCUCAGCCAGGUGCGCUCUGCCCUGGCCCGCACCCUGGCCGACCCGGGCUGCCAGGACGAGGCCGGAGACGCCACCAGCGCCAUGCUCUGCCGCAGCAUCAACGCCUCGCUGGCACAGCUCCACCUCAGCGCCAACUUCACACGGUUAUCGGACGUGAACCUGGAACUUGCUGGCAUAAAUGACCUGUUGAAAACGGACCUCGGCAACAUAGUGCAGAAGGGCUACUCCUCCUUCAACGACACCCCGGGCCUGGUGACCGAGCAGACCAGGAACAUUAUAGACGGAGUGCGGGGCAUGCUGGAUGGGAUAGGCAGUAACAUCACCAGCUUCUCCAAGCUGUUCCCAGUGCAGAGUUCCCUGGCCAACUUCACCAUGUUCAUCAGCCACACACACUCCAGGAUAGAGGACUACUUCCCUGAGGUCGACCAGAUGGACUUCUACAGGUGGAUCUGCUGUAUUGCGCUGUGCUGCAUGGUGGUCCUCAUCCUGACCUUCAACUACCUGGGGCUGCUGUGCGGCACCCUGGGAUACGACAAGCACGCCUCGCCCACCACGCGAGGCUGCAUCUCCAACACAGGAGGAACGCUGCUCAUGGCGGGUGUUGGCUUCAGUUUCCUGUUCUCCUGGGUGCUCAUGGGAGUGGUGACGGCCUCCUUCCUGGUGGGGGGGAACUCAGAGAAGCUUCUGUGUGAGCCCUUCCACACCAAGCAGCUGUUCAAGGUGCUGGACACCCCGUACCUGGUGAACCAGGACUGGAGGAACUUCAUCCCAGGGUACAUGUACAACGACUCGGAUCUGGACCUGACGGUGGAGAGUCUCUACAGUAAUUGUAAGGAGAGCAAAGGUAUUUACUCUGCAAUGCGCUUGGAUAAAGUCUUCAACAUCACCACCUUCCUAAACUCUACUAUGUACACCAAGGAUGUGUCGCGCAUGUUUGACAGCGUGAAGGUGGACCUGCGGGACAUCAUCCUGCUGGAGCCCGAGGGGAGGCAGAACCUGCUGGGGUUCGUUGAGACGGGCGUGGGAGACAUCAACUACGCUGCAUACCUGGAGGAGGUGAAUAAGGGUGUGACCCUGGUGGAUCUACUUUCCUACGCCAAUGAGCUGGAGGCCCAGACAGACCUGAUGCCCAGGGGUCUUCUGCAGACUUCUAUAAAGCGCCACGCCAACACUCUCCGCCAGCUUCACAGUCAGCACGUGCUUCCUAUGGAGCAGGCCAUGAAAUAUGUUAGGGCGAGGAGUUCGUUGAACCAGAGUAUCCGACUGCUAGAGAGGACUGCCUCUGACCUGCCGAACAAAAUCAAUGUUGUGCUGUCAGCCAUUGAAGCAGCCCAGUAUCUCAUCUCCCAGAAUGCAACACAUAUUGUCAAUGAGGAAACAGAGAAAUACAAGGACAUCAUUGUUGGCUACUUUAGUCAGUACAUAGAGUGGGUCAAGGCUUCGCUGGCCAUGGAGGUGGCGGGCUGCAAGCCCUUCAGCAACGUUGUGGACACAGUGGAGAUCAUCGCCUGCGGCGUCCUGCUGGACUCCAUGAACGCGUUCUGGUUUGGCCUGGGCUGUAGCUGCCUGUUCUUGCUGCCCAGCAUGAUCCUCUCAGUCAAGCUGUCCAAGUUCUACCGCAGGAUGGAUACCGAGGACGUUUACGACGAUUCCUCUGUUUCUGGGACUUGGCAUUUUACUUUGUGAUAACCAUUCCCCUAUUUCCAUCUUUUCAUCCUUCCUUUUUUUUUUUUUUUCAUGGAUCUGUCAAGCACUUUGCACUUUAUUAAAAAAGAAAGAUUUCUGAAUAUUAGGAUAAUAUUCACAUUCAUAUGUUUUAAUGCAUCUUGCCAUCACCCUCGCCUUGCCUGAGCACUUACAGAUGUAGACAAAUGCGAUACACAAGUCACCAAGUGUCUUGGUCGUUGACGCCAGUUGUCAUGUGACCAGAACUGUUUUACAUGUAUCUUCUGGUGCGUCACCAUUAACGUCUGUACGUUUUGCUUUUUUGGUAUCUUUGUAGCAUUGAGACAAUUCCUAUGAAAACGUAAGAUUAAUUUUACCGGUUUUACCUUUCCUAUCCUCUUUCUGUGUACCAGUGCUCACACAUUCACCUUUUCUGUGGGUCUUUGUACGUAGAUUUUAUUGACAAAUUCUUGGUGCUGGUCUUUAGCUUUUUUUUUUGCUUGACGUGCUCCGGUAUUGGGCGUAUGGGCUUCCCUGUGCGUGUGAUUUCUUUAAGUGCCCCUCAUUGCUAAUUAAGGGCUCUUUCAAUCGUUACCUUACAAAAGCUGAAGUCCACCUCUGUUUUUGUAAGUUACGGUGUAAAAACGUAAAACGCUACGGUUCCUUCUUCUACAUUAUAUACACUUUUUGUCCGUAUAAGGCUUAGCUAUGAUGUUUGUAUGUAUAACGAUUUUCCGUA